AUGAAGGCAUUGUCUGCCGUCUCUAUGCGCAAGUCUGUCUUUGUGACAGGAUGUGCAGGGACCGGUAAGAGCUUUGUGCUCGAGUUCGCUAUCCGCUCCCUGAGGGCUAUGCAUGGGAGCGAUGCUGUUUACGUGACAGCAUCGACAGGCCUUGCUGCCUGUGCUCUUUCAGGAAUUACGCUCCAUUCGUUUGCUGGAGUUGGUAUAGGAAGCGGUUCUAAAGAAGAGUUGCUGCAUAAGGUCCAGACUCGGAGGGAAGCAAGGCAGAGGUGGCAAGGUGCACGAGCUCUGGUCAUUGACGAAAUCAGCAUGAUCGAUGCCCAGCUUUUUGAUAACCUUGAAUUCAUCGCAAGAAAAAUCCGCAAGUCGUCCAAGCCUUUUGGAGGCAUUCAGCUUCUCGUAACUGGCGAUUUUUUCCAACUCCCUCCAGUGAAUCCUCAGAGCAACGUCGCUUACGCUUUCGAGGCGAAUUGCUGGAAUGAUUGCUUCGAUCUACAGAUGGAGUUGAAGCAUGUGUUCAGGCAGUCAGACCUCUCGUUUGUGAGCAUGUUGAACGAAAUCAGGGAAGGCAUUGUCACACCUGCAACUCAGGAGAGGCUGAGGAAGCGUAUUCACUGUGCUCCAAUCGGAAACGAUGGCAUCAUGUUGACAAAGCUGUACCCGUACAAGGCAGAUGUAGCUGGAGAGAACUUUCAGCGGCUCCGGGAACUCCAAGAGAUGGAAAUGAUGUACAAUGCCAAGGAUGAGGGGAAAAGCGAAUAUGCCAAGAAGCAGCUCGAAUUCACACGAGCGGAAAAGAGACUGACUCUGCGCCGUGGUGCACAAGUCAUGCUUAUCAAGAACCUGGACACUCCCCAAGGGCUUGUCAAUGGUGCCAGAGGUGUUGUGGUUGGCUUUUGCGACCCCGCUCACCCCUCUGCUGCACAGUUUAGGCAUCUGGCUCCCGUCAUCAACCCCUCGGGAAUGUGGCCCGUGGUUCGCUUUGCAUGUGACCAGUCUGAGAGAAUUAUUGGUCCUGAAAGUUGGGCUGUGGAGGAAUAUGGUGCAGAGAUUGCCAAGCGCUGGCAAGUUCCAUUGACUCUAGCAUGGGCCCUCAGUGUGCACAAGUGCCAGGGAAUGACGCUGGACAGGGUGGAAACUGACCUGAAGAGGGCGUUCGACUAUGGGAUGGUCUAUGUCGCUCUCUCUCGAGUCCGGUCCCUUGAAGGUCUUCGACUUCUGGGUUUUGAUGCGGGCAAAGUCAAGGUAAAUGUAAAGGUUGUGGAGUUCUACAAGCAGUUGCAGAGACAUGAUGCUUCGAGCAAUGUUGAUAUUGAAGUCUGA